UACGCGCGUAAAAGCUGUGCGUAAAGCCUUGUUGGGGUUGUGGUCCGCCGUGCUGAGGAGUUUGUGGAGGGACAGAGAGAGGCUCAGCGGGCUGAUUACGAGCAACUUCCUUCCUGCGCCGGGGCACUAACAUGGAGUUGGGGGGUUAUAAAUACGAGCAAAACAUUUUUUCAAACAAACAAGCCUAUAGACUGCUGGAGCGCGCGAGAAAAUAAAGGGACACAACGAGGGUCAAACAUGAAGGCUGUUACGGGACUGUUAGUCGUCUUGCUGACGUUCCUGGUUGGACGUUCCAGCGGGAUACAGCCGGAUAACGGUUACUGCAUCGGGAACCAGUGUUUCACUGUCUUCAAAUAUCCCAGCGAUUACAAGACCGCCAAGAGUCAAUGCGAAGCUUUAGAUGGCCACUUAAUGACGGUGCGCUCCACUGUAUCUAAUAAUAUUCUGUUGAUCUUGUUGGAGAACUUAACGAGGCGGUUCUGGAUCGGUUUACAUCGAACGACCGACUGUCCUGACGCCGCUGCUGGGCUGAAAGGCUUCCAGUGGGUAACCAAAGAGAACGAGACCGACUUCAACAACUGGGCUCAAACUUUUGACAGUAGCUGUUCUUCUCAUCGCUGCGUUUCAGUUUCUACAGAGGAAAACUUUAAAUGGAUCCAGGAACCAUGCGACGAAGAUGCGGCCGGUUUUCUCUGUGAGCACACCUUCACUGAGCCGUGCCAAAUUCUAGCGGUCGGACAGGACGACUCCGUCUACUACAGGACCCCCAUGGGGUUUGAAGGCGAGGAUCUGCUGUCGUUGCCCCCUGGGAGCACCGCUGUCCAGAUGCCAGCUGAGACUAAAUACGUCUGCUUCUCCGAAAAGUGGCAUCAGGCGCCCUGGAGCUGCGAGAUACACGAAGGUGGCUGUGAGUAUAAAUGCGCAGUAGACCCCCAGAAUGUGCCCACCUGCUACUGCCCGCCGGGACAAACCGUCAGCCCCGAAAAUAAAGUCACCUGCGAAGUGGACGCAGAAGACCCGUGCCUGCCGCUGCGCUGUGCGCACGCCUGCUACAAGGACGGAAACUCCUACACGUGUACGUGUGACCACGGCUUUAAGCUGGCGCAGGACGGCAGGUCGUGUGUGGACUUUAACGACUGCACGGACGAGCGGCAGUGUCCCGGGGAGAACUUCAAGUGCGUCAACACGGUCGGCGGGUUCCAGUGCGUCUGCGAGGAUGGAUACAGAGUGGAGGGCGGCCUGUGCGUCGACGUGGACGAGUGCGCGUCCGCUCCAUGUGAGCAAAUCUGCGACAACACUCCCGGCAGCUACAGGUGCUCUUGUUAUGAUGGAUAUAAAGAGGACCCAAAGUCACCGUACAAGUGUAAACUGUACUGUGGGAAGGCUGAAUGCCCCCCAGAGUGCGACCCGAAUGACCAGUCGCAGUGCUACUGCCCUGAUGGCUAUUUACUCGACAUAAGGGACAACGAAUCUGUUUGCAUUGAUUUGGACGAGUGCUUUUUCUCUUAUUGUGAUCAAAAUUGUAAAAACACAUUCGGUGGCUAUGUGUGCUCGUGCAAUCCAGGAUACACACUAGUUGAGCAAUACAAGUGCUUAAAGAACGAGGAUCACACGGACGUAGAUGAAGGGAUGGAGGGCUCCGGGGCGGCCACGAUUCCAAACAUCAUCACAUCCACACCUGUGCCACAGCCAGACCCAGACCCAACAAGGCAGCCGUCAGGAGUGACAGUGGGGGGUCUUGUGGGGAUAAUAGUGUGCACUGUCUUUUUUGUCGUGUUGGUGGUUUUUCUGGCCCAUCACGUCCUCACUGGCAGAGGGAAGAUGGAGAGCGCCGUUACGCUCAAAGCUGCGGAGGAUGAAGCGCAUGGUUUAUAACAAGUGACGAGUGACACUUAAAGAAUACAGCCUGAGAGAGACUGCUGAAGCACGACAUGUGAAUGUACAGGUCAAUUCUCCAAAACAGGUCUGCAGAGAUAUUUGGACAGGUUGUGAAGGAUGUCCACUGCAAAACAAUAGGGACAGGGAUGUGGUCAUGCCAUAGGUCAAAAUAAACACAACAGAAAUAAAUACAAAUAUUAAAGUUGCCUUUAUGGACAGACAGUCACUUCCUUGGAAGACUGGUUUUAUCUACCACUCAACUCACAUACAGCAUAUGCAAUGUAAUAAAAAUGACAAAGAACUUUUUUUAGUUUGUGCUUGAACAUUAUUAAAUUAUAAAAAUGUGAA